AUGGGAGUGUGGAGGGCUUCGUGCGUCUGGCUGCUGCUGUCGCUGUGCCUGCCUAGCCUGCUUGUCCUAGCACAGGAUGGCCAGCAGGCGGCGGAGCCCGCCGGGAAGGCUGCCGCCGAAGGGCAAAAGAAGAAGCCCUUCGAAAACAUGAAGAACAAACCGGCCCGUGACUACGACGGAGUCGACCCGUCCUUCGAGGCAACCCUGGAGGGCUCCAUGACCGCCGGCCAAGCGCAGAUCGAUGCCGAGACCAAGAUCGCCGCACACACGCACGCGCGGCUGGAGAGCCUGCUGAGGGGGGCGAGGACGGAGGAGUGCCGGGAAGAGAUAGUCACGGCGUACCAGCGGUACAUGGGAGCGCAGGCCCUGGAGAGAUCCUUGCCAUUCGAGGGCGAGAAGUUCUCGCCGCAGUGCGCGGACCCCAACAAGCGGCCGGACAUGCCGGAGACGGGACUAAUCGAUCCGGAGGAGGUCCGCCUCGUCUACGUUAUCCUCGCUCACGACGAGCCUGCUCAGAUUGUUCGGCUUGUGGACGCGCUAGACGAUACCCCCGGGCGCGACCGUACGUGGUUCGUGAUCCACAUCGACGCCAAGGCGGACGACGUGCAGCAGGAGAUCAAGAAGGUCUUCAUCGACCGGCCGAACGUCAUCAUCAUGGAGGAGGACAGGCUGGACGUAGCCUGGGGGGGUUUCAACGUGGUUCAGGCGUCUCUUAACGCGGUGUCCCUUGCCCUGGAGAGAGAGAUACCGUUCCACUGGCUGUGGAUACUGAGCGGGACGACCUACCCGAUCGUGUCAAACGACGCCAUCCGCGGAAAGCUGUCCUCGCACCACCCGGAGUCGAUCUUCAUGGAGGUGAAACCGUCGGUGCACAAGCCGGCGUCCACGACGUGGCACUACUUCGUCGAGUGCGACUCGGCCCUCCACCGCAUCGGUCGCAACCUCAUCCCGAGGGGCCUCGACAUGUACGUCGGGUCGCAGUGGCUGGCGAUGCCCCCUUCCGUCGCCCGGUGGCUCAUGGAGGACACGGGUCUGGUGCCCAAGUACCGCGAGUACGCCAAGCACAUCGUCGUCGCGGACGAGAACUUCCUGCCCACCGUGAUCAAGAACUCCCCCUUCUGCGGGAACCUCGUGUCCUCCAACCUCGUCCACGUGCAGUUCGACAAGUACGAGCACACGUUGGACAGGGAGGAUCGGCGAGCGGACAAGUGCCUCAUGCCCAACCCGGACCACUGUGGCCGCUCGCCUGCGACGAUGACGGUGGACUACCUCUCCGUCCUCGAGCACAGCUCCAUGCUGUUCGCGAGAAAGUUCAACCCGAAGGACUCCCAAGUCUUCGACGUUCUCGACAUGGUCCGCGACGGCGGCCAGGCCUGGAGGGAGGGCCCCACCUUCGACUACAUCUCCAUCCGAUCGCCGAUCAUCCAUUCGUCGAGCGGGGGGGCGGCCGAGCACUUGUGUCUGAGUGUCGGACCGCCACCGCCGAAGAAACCGGGGAGCCCUCCGAACACGGAGGCGGUGAUGGUCAAGUGCUCCGGCGCGGACCCUCGUCAGAUCUUUAAGCUGGGGCCCUGCAUCGGCUCACCUGUUUGAACUGGAGAACAGCAGGCCAGAACUUCC